AGACAUCGUUGAGGCUAUUGGGCGCUUCGAGAAUUGGCUUGCGUAUAUGCCACCGGAUGAUGCCAAUAGACACGUUGUGUUGAACAAUCUGGGUCCAUGUCGUGGGGUGAAAUAUGAACGAAGUAACGAGAUUGGGGACCUGGAUCGUGCUAUAUAUUACAGUGAGCUGGCAGUUGAAAGUCUGGCUUCUGAUCGAUCCAACGAGGCUCCUCUACUUGCAAACCUGGGGAAUUUGCUCCUGCAACGAUACGAGAGAACCAUUAGUUUGGCGGACCUUGACCGAGCGGUCGAAUCGACCAACCUUGCUCAGCAGAAAAUGGGCCCAAAGGAUUUGAACAAGCCGCAGGUGGUUGUGGAUAUGGCAAAAACUUUGGGCGAGCGCUUUAAUCGAGAUGACGAUAUAGAGGAUCUUAACCGUGCAGCCAGACUAGCGGAAAUUGUCGUGGGCAGUACACCCACGGACCAUCCAGAACACCCUAGCUGGCUCAUUCAAAGUGCCUGUUGGCUUACACUACGAUUUGAACGUACAGGGGCACUGGCUGACCUUUGGCCACGCGGGCCACUGAAAAGGCCCUGCAGCUGGCACCUCUAACGGAUCCCAAACGGCCAGCCUGGAUGUGUAGCUUUGCAAUCUGUCAUGCGGCUGUCUUCCAUCGAACGAAACAGCGGAGUGCGCUUGAUUGUGCUAUCAAAAUCGCAUACGAGUCGCUACACGGCAUGUCUCCGAGUGAUUAUAUGCUCCCGCGGGUCUUGGACAAUUUGGCAACCUGGAGAGGAAUGGCCUAGAAUAUGCUGGGAGACCGUCAUAGACCGUGCCAUGUCCCCAUACACAUUAUCUGUAAGAGCGCUUAUUCGCAGCCGUCAAUCAAGCUCCGACGGAACAACCGACGUUCCCAGCCAAUCCGCAUUUGAUAGGGCUCUGGUAAUCUCUAUGCCUGAAACCCCAAAUCAGACCCCUCUUCCCU